UUGAUGGAUGAUGGGACACAUAGGUCCCACUUUUUGAGUUGUCUUUUUUUCGCUCUAAAAUGCUUACACAUGAAAUAAUAUUCGAAAUUUUCAUAUGGCGCCUUCUAUGAGACCCUGUGCAAAACACUCUAUGCAGUUUUAUGUCCUUGCCAUGAGAUGGAGCUGGAGGCGCUGCUUUUACAUUUUGUUGUGUUCUUGUGCUCCUGUCUCGUGAUUGUGCGCCUGUUUUUGAAGCUAAUUCAACGACGUAUACAUGUCUGGAAAACAAAAACGCCUGAGCCCAGAGGAAGCUCUAGAACUGUAUUUCAGUUUACCGGACAAUUGCAAUGACAGUACAGAUGAGUACUGCGAAAGUUCUGAAGACGAAGAGUUUGUGCUUGCCCCUCAUGAAAGCAGCGAGGAGGACGACACUUUGCCACCGCUACCAGGGCCUAGUACAAGCAAGCGCAAAGGAAUCCGACGCAAACACUACGUUGGGAAAAGAAAAAAACAAAAGAAAUCGAAGAAGCCUUCCGAAGAGCUUGAUGACGAGACCGUGGACAACCAGUGGGACUCAUCCAAAUUUGUUGCCACAACUCCUACAAAUUGCAGUGCACUUGGAUCCGAGAAACUUUCGCAGAGAAGCACUGUACUUGAAACAUUCUCUCUGUAUUUUGAUGACGACGUUAUGAAGCAUAUCGUCGAUCAAACGAACUUAUACGCAGCACAAACAAACCGCGCAGGAUGGACGGCACUGACAUGCUUGGAGCUUCGUGCUUACAUAGGACUGCUGAUUCUGAUGAGCGUCAAUCGCAUGCACCACUUGCAAAUGUAUUGGUGCUCGGACAGCUUCUUUCAUGUAAAAGAAAUUGCGCAGGUGAUGACGUACAAACGCUUCCAGCUCAUAACCAACUGCCUUCACCUGAAUGACAAUGACCUCAUGCCAGAUUACGGCACGAAGGACUACGAUCGGUCUUACAAAGUUCGACCUUUGAUGGACAUGAUGAACGAGAGGUUUCUGGCUAACUACACGGCAUCCAGUCAUCUCGCCGUCGACGAGAGCAUGAUACUGUUCAAAGGGCGUUCGAGCAUGAAGCAGUACAUGCCCAUGAAGCCUAAAAUCAAAAGGGGCUACAAAGUUUGGUCUCUGGCGGACUCCGAGACUGGUUAUCUCCUAAAGUUCCAGCUGUACGAAGGAAAGAGCGCACACAAGCCAGAUGACGUAACCUUGGGUGAACACGUUGUCCUGACCCUGACCGAUGGCGCAGUGCCUGCUGGCUCACAGGUAUUCUUUGAUAAUUUUUUUAGCUCCACAAAAUUACUUCAAGUGCUUCGGGAAAAAGACAUUCUUGCUUGUGGUACAUUUCGUGUCAACAAGAGGGAUCUACCUCAAGUAGUCAAAGAAAACAACAAGCUCGAGAGAGGGUCCUACAUUUGGAGAAGAAAGGCAGAGGUGGUCGCCUACCAAUGGCGAGACUCAAAGAAUGUACACCUUAUGUCGAACUACCAUGACCCAGAAGACCGUGUGCAGGUGCAAAGAACACUCCAAAAUGGCAAGAAAAUGGCAGUUGAGUGCCCCUCUGUUGUGAAAGACUACAACACGUGGAUGGGAGGUGUCGAUAAAUUCGACCAGAAGAGAAAUGCCUACCCCGCAGACCGCCGAUCAAAGCGCUGGUGGAGCCGCAUCUUUACUUCAUGUUGGAUGCAGCGGUAGUGAAUGCUUUUAUUCAAAUGAGUUUCAUAGAGCCUGUGGUUUAUCUGCAGUUCCGCUUGAUACUCGGUCGCCAACUGGUUGCGCAAAACACCUUUCGAAGAUCGAGUGUUACAAUGAAAGCUCACCACAACAAUAAAGGGAAAAAAAACGGACGUGCCAUGACCGGGGUGCCCGACGAGCUCCGGUUUGCCGGAAAUGGCCACCAUCCGAAGUUCACCGGUAAACGUCUGCGGUGCCGGUGGUGCUCCACACAGAUGAAAGAAGUUCGCAGCAAAUACAUCUGCACAAUGUGCAAUGUGCCCCUUUGUGUAGCCUGUUUCGGCCCGUUUCACUGCCGCCCAUGAUUUGCCUGAAGUGGAUGGUGGGACAUACCCUGUCCCACUUUGUGAAUCUGCUGGAUGUGGUCUGUGGGACAUACCCUGUCCCACUUUUUUCUUUUUUGUGAAUAGUCAUUUCAAUUCCUGGUUUGUUUCUUUUCGAAUAAAAUCACCUCAGAAAAGCAUGCGUUAAAAGAAAA